GUAUUUAUUAAUCUGUUUUACCCAGCUAGCUAUCCACCCGAGUUCUGAACCUAGCUACCGUAACCAGCUAGUUUGUUAGAAAAUAUUUAUAGCCAUGUAACCUACCAGCUCGCGGUAAUUGUUUCUUGAAAGGUAGAUAUCUAGCAACCUUGUCAAGGUAACCGCACAGGCAACUAAUGCAGAAUAGAACGCAUAGCCUAGCUAGCUUUGCUAGCUAUCAUAUUGAAACCGGUGCCUGGAAUUAUACCUACUAACUAGUUAACUCUACGUGCUUUCCUCGUAGCGAUGGCUAGUAGUUUACCAUGGCUAACAACCAAGGGAAUUGACUCUUAGCUUGUUUUCUGAAUGGCUGAGUAUCCGACAGAAUUCAGUCAACUUGAAGGCUAAAUAGCUAAAUCGCUAGUUUAGCCAGCUAGCUAUCCGAGAUGUAGGUCGGCGGCGUUUGAUGAAGUGGCAACGGGUACACGAUCAGUGAAUCGGUGAACAGAAUCAAUAUGGAUGUGAGACUGGACGUGUGAGGGGUUGUCAAAGUUAUUUGUGCUAUGUUGCAUCAUUGCUGAUUCAAACUGACAAGUUUGUUUGUACAUAAAGUAGCAAGCUAGCUACAUUAGCGCAGUAACUCACAUAAAGCUUUGUUCGUACUUGAUCGCUGUGUUGACGUGUGGUUAUGUUGCACCUGCCGAUCUCUAUCUUUGGAUUAUUCACUGAUUACUCAAUAGCUAAUGUUAGCUGGCCAGCUACGUGGUGCCCACAUGGAUAGAUAAUUUUGUUUAAAAUAUGUAAUUGAUCUAUUCAAUGUUUGUGUUUUCAAAGAAAAUAACAGUUCCCGUCUCAAGAGUGAAGAAGCAAAUAGUAUGUAAAAUUUAAUUCAGUAGGUGCUAGUGAGCAAAUUUCUAACACAUUAGUUAGCAACGUGAAUGGAAGUCGCCGAUGAGUAGUUAGCAGUAAAACCUAUGGGAAUGUUCUCGUUUUGGAUGGCGUUAUCCAGUGUACUGAACGUGAUGAGUUUUCCUACCAAGAAAUGAUUGCCAAUCUCCCUCUGUGCUGCCACCCCUGCCCUAAAAAGGUCUUGAUAAUUGGUGGAGGAGAUGGAGGAGUCUUGAGGGAGGUGGUGAAGCACUCACUGGUGGAGUCAGUGGUCCAGUGUGAGAUUGAUGAGGAUGUCAUUAAUGUGUCUAAGAAGUACCUUCCUGGGAUGGCUAAGGGCUUCUUCAGUCCUAAACUUACUCUGCACGUGGGAGACGGGUUUGAGUUCAUGAAACAGAACCAGGAUGCGUUUGAUGUCAUCAUCACUGAUUCAUCUGACCCUGUUGGGCCGGCUGAGAGCUUGUUUAAGGAGUCGUAUUACCAGCUCAUGAAAACAGCCCUGCAGGAUGGUGGGAUUCUCUGUUGCCAAGGGGAGUGUCAGUGGCUCCAUUUGGAGCUGAUCAAAGAGAUGCGCACCUUCUGCAAGACUCUGUUUCCUGUGGUGGACUACGCCUACUGCACCAUCCCCACCUACCCCAGUGGUCAGAUUGGUUUCAUGCUGUGCAGUAAAAACCCAGUGACAGAUUUCCGGAAACCUUUGAGAGAACUGCCGAGGGACGAGGUGGAGAGUAUGAACCUGAAGUACUACAACCCAGAGAUCCACAGAGCAGCGUUCAUUCUCCCCGAGUUCGCAAGAAAGGUUCUAAGUGAAGCAUAAAUUUCUAUGGAGAAGCUGAUUUAUUCCUCACAGGACCAUGAGCGCUAACAGAACAAACCCCUCACAACAGCUGCAGUACUUGAACCUUUUUGCCAGUCUGUCUCUGCCCUGACCCACCCGCCAAACAGGGGGGGGGGCGGAGCUUCGCUGAAGACCAGCUCUGACAGGGCAGGGAAGACCCGCGGAACUCAGAACGUUUGAGGAAGUAAUAGAUUCCAUUCUUCCUUCCAGUCUUACAUUUUUUUAUUUUUGUACAUAUUUUCUCUUGUCCUUUUGUUGUUGAUCGAAGUCAUCAGCCGCAUACAUUAAGCCGUAAAAAGACAUGGUCGGUCGACCGGUCGCAGAGAGAUGCGCCUGAUUGGUGCAGAGCCGUGGGCCGGUUUGUUACUCCCUCAGUGCGGUACAGGAAGCAUCUCCAGUCGUGAACUUAAUUGUUGCAGAUUACAAUAAAUAAAUGUAGUGUUGCUCGGAAUUUACAGUUAAUUGAGUUCUUAUGAGAAAGAGAAUUGCGCUUAAGUACUCCACGUUUCCACUGGCUCUGCGCCUCAAAAAAUCUCCCAUAUUUACCACGCUAAAACCCAUAUUUGCAAGAGAUGAUGAGAUGAUUUUUAUAGCAUAUUUAAGAUCCAAAGGACCGUAGUAAAUCCCUUGGAAUGUUUUUUUUUUUUUUCUUUUUUUUUUUCUUCCCCAUCUGUAAACAAAUUUUAGCACCAUGGGAAAAUAUCUAUGGAAUAUGUGAAUCAGGGACUCACAUGUGACCAAGAGGAAAUCUGUUUUUCAGAAACCAUGGCGCACGCAUACAGUGCAGUCAUCCAAAUCGUGCUGUAACAAAUCGGUGGUUGGUGAUACUCGUGUUGUACAGAGUGAAUCUGCUGAAAUGACGGGUUUAAAGUAAGACCCCUUUUCACUCUGUACAGCUCUGUGAAGUUUGUCAAAGCAAUGUGAACAUACAAAACCCUUUAAACAUACAUUUCAUGUAAAUUCAGAACAGGUCUGACCUCUGUAGCGAAAUUUUAAGGGAAAUGAUUAUCCAUGCCUGCUUUGUCAGAGAUAACGGUUAUAUAAAUGCAAGACUCCUGGUUUACGUAAUGAAAUCCAGAUCAUUGCCAUUGAUUCACUGGUCUUAAUACCUUAUUUUAUUUGUUAUUCAAUAACCAAAUUUACAUUUGUUUACUAUAAUGCUAAAAUCCUGCAGCCACUGUAUGCCAACUCUGAUCGGUUUAUGAAGAACAGAAAUGUUGCAUCAAGUAAAAGUUCACUCCAAAUAUUUGUGCACUUAUGUUUUUUUUGUUAAUUUGCAAGGCUUACCUUGCCGUCUUUCCACAGGGAAUUGAUGUUACAUAAGCUCAGAAUUGGUAUCAUGUUUUAACACCCUGUAAAAUAUGAAUUUGUCUGUCAAUUUCAUUAACUGGAAAUCGGAGGCUUUUUCCUGCGUUAAAAUAAGGGUGCUUAGAGUGGUAUUUGGGGUGGCGCUUCAGUCUUACCUGUGCAUGUAUUGUGAGUAUUCUGGGAGCUGAUGUGUACUUCUUGUAAUCAUAUUUUUCAGUUCAUUACAUUGUAAAGUCCUGCAACCAUGUUUUCAAAUAAAGAUAUAUGUCCCCUAAUCACUAA